AGGAACCGAUUGGUAGAAGGGCGACAACUCUGUCAUUUCCAAGAUGGACGCCCCCAAGGAUGGCAAGACCGGUGGGUUUCCAGUGAAAACGACACAGAAAACUGUGAUGGUGAAUGAUCACAAGACAGACAUUCUAUGUAGCCACUUCACAGACAAAUUAUUUGUGGUUGUCACACAAUUCAACAAGCUAGGCAACUUGAUUGAACUGAAACGUGAUGUUGUUGUUGAUGACGCCAUUACCACUUCAAGACCUUCCUAUUCUACCAAGGUACUGAUGGGACGUGACGAGCCCUUGAUGCAUGUACUGGCUAAGAAUGUGAUGGGUAAGCUAGACAUAAAGAAACCAGUAGUGUUAGCACUGGCCCUGAAGGAUGAGUCUCCUAAAUCUGUGGCCCAACUGAGUGAGGCAGUCAAGGGUAUGAUGUAAGCACAGGAAAUAGGCCGGGGUCCAACUGAAUGAAAGAUCAAGAUGAGGGAUCGACUGAGUGAGGCGAUCAAAGCAACAAUAGAGUCCCAAAAUAUUGGCUGUUGUCCUGCUGAAGGAGAUGCAUGGUCAUGUGAAAGUUCUGUUAUUUGACUGAUCAAGAGGAGGAUUAAAUCAGAGAGAGAAAGAGUUUGGUUCCACUGAGUGAGGCAAUCAAAAGGAUGAUGUACAGUAAGUCCUCAGGACCAAUAGAAAUAUUCGACUUAUUGGAUGGUUUGACUCUUCCAUUUUGUGUUGGAGCACUCGAAUGACCCCAGAUGUUUUCCGUUAACUGUUAGAGUAUCGUACAGUGUUCGAGACACCCUUACUAAAUUUACUAAUAUAAGAAGGGGAAAACAUUCAAGUCAUCUGAAGUAUUAGAUUUAAGCAUGUUCAACACAAUCAAGUUUUACUGCAGUUGAAGGAACAGGGUCUCUGCAGUCAUACAGAGUCGGCCUGUCCAGGGGGUGAUGGACAUCGUAGCCAUAGAGACAAGGUCUUUAUCAUGGAGCUUCCUUGGCUAGGACCUGCCAAAGGUUUACACAGAAUACCUCAGUGGUGGUUCAGUCCUGCUGCGCUAUAGCUGGACUCUAGAGAACGUGAUACUGCAUGUGAUGAGGAAGAAGACUCCUUUUUAAAGGGAUAUAUCAUUGUAGGCAAGGUUAGUGAUCAAAGACACUUUGCAGAUUGUUCAUAAUCCUCCCCAUAGAUCUAUGAAAAAAUGAUCUGUUUUUUUUGUGAAAUUCAUAUAAAAGAAAUUGAAAAGA